UCCUCGUCUUAAUAAUUUUUCUUCUUCUUCUUCCUUCGUUUUCUCUAACAAGAACGAAAUUUUCACAACUUAAUCCCCACAAGUGAAACAAGAAUCUUCAUCACUCAUCAGAUUGUUUUAGCUCGUUUCCAAGCUUUGUUUGUUUAGGUGUUAUGGAGUCUGAACGUGAAGAAGAUGUGUUGUUAAAAACAAAACAUGAUGAAGAUGGAAACAAGCAAGGUUCUUUAGACGGAGAAAAUGGUGGAGAUGGUGAGCAUAUAAGGAUUCAUUCAGAGGAAACAGGAAGUGUGAUCAUUCACUCAGAAGAACAUUCAAGAUCAUCGUCAUCUUCUUCAUCUUCAUCGUCGUCCUCUUCUUCGUAUUUAUCGCCACCUAAAGAUCUACCUGAAGACGGGAAAGAAUCAUCGAAUGAACCGGAGGUUUCUUCGCCUCCUGUUCAAGUAAUGGAAAGAGAAAAUAACGGAAACUAUGACCCGAAUAGGAUUCCAUCUUCGGUUUUCGAGAGAAGCAAAUCGAAUAUACCAGCUGAAUGGAGCUGUACUUCGAAUGAAUCUCUCUUCAGCAUUCAUUUAGGACGCAAUAGUUUCACUGGUGAUUUGAUGAAUACAGGUGAGCUCUAUAAAUCGGGAGAGUUGCUCGCCUACAGUCCCGGACUUCCUAUGCCUCCUCCACCGGGAUCAGAAUCAAAACCCGUCCAAGAACUGAAAGUUGUUGAUUCAAACAAAGAAGAGGAAGUUGUACUAGUAGAAGAUGCACAUACAUCUUCAUCUGAUGAUGACGAAGACAAGAGAGAAAGCCAUGAGAAAGACCAACAACCUGCUGUUUCUUGGAAAACUCCUACAAAGUCUUACCGUUCUAACCGAAGCUCAAACAGUGCACACUCCUUCUCUUUCCCAAUUUUGGCAGGAGCUGCAAGUGAUUCAAGAAAGGUAGAAACAGAGGAACAGAAGAAACAAGCACAGCAGACACAAGAGUCACAAAAACCAGCAGAUGAAACAAAUCAAAAGCAGUCAAUGUGUAGGUGGUUCUCAUGUUUUCCUCCAUGUCCUUGGUGUUGUUCUUCCUGCUCUUGUUCUUGAUUUUGUUUUGCUGUUUUAUUAGACAAAAAAAGAUGUUGAGUUCAUCUCCUGUAAAAAAGUUUAGGUCAAUAGAACCUUAAAAUCAAUUCAAUUUUGUUCUCUC